UUUUGAAAACAACAUGAUUUCACCGAAACCAAGAAAAUAGCAGUAUUGUCUUUUACUAUUGGCUUAAAAUUUGUUCCGCUGAGCAUGUCUGUGUCCCGGAAGCGUCGAGUUAAAUAGUUCAGUUGAAAAAUCGCAGUUUAGCUGAAAACCUGCAACAGUGGGAGAAUCAGCAUGGCGGAGCAGAAACUGAUGUUUAUAGAUAUAGAACCGAGGUCAAACAGCUCUGCUCCUGUCUCGGACAGAGCUGAGAAGCCCCUCUGGACUCGCAGUGACAACUCCUUUAGAUUCAACUUCAACUCUGCGGCACUUCAGCAGAAAACAUCUCCAUCAGACGGAGCAGAAGCUGCCUUGAGCCGGGUAUCCUUUAAGGGACAGGGCUCAGCUUUUGCCUUCAGCUUUCAAAUUCCUCCUGUGGAAGACAUGGACAUGACAGUGACCCCAGACACCUCUUCUCAAAGCGUCCAACCGCGUGUCAGCGAGGAAAAGCCUCCCCCGCUGCAGGAGGCUCCACCUGAGCCAUCAGUGCAAUCAAAAGCAAAGAAGAAGAAAAAGAAAUCUGGAAAGAAAAACCCAUCAGACAGCAAAGAGACGCAGCCGGGUUCAGCCGAGGGUAGUCAAGGAGGCGAGGACACAGAGCUGAGUGCAGAGGAGCAGCUGAACAGACAGCUGGACUGGUGCAUCGAACACCUGGAAUCAGGGAUGAGGUCCCAGAAGAGUACGCCGAAACAGAAAGAGGAAGCCUCUCGUGCCCUGAAGACUCUACGAAGCUCCAAAGCUCCUCUGGCCAAGAAGAGGCAGGUGAUGAGAUCCAUGGCUGGAGAUUACAGGAAAAAAAUGGAUGAUGAGAAGAGCAAACAGUACAAACUCAUUCAGAGCGAAAUUGCGUCCGCUCAGGUCAAAGUUGUGUCCGACUCCCCAAAGAAGUCUGUUUUCCACCGGAGAGCCGGGGUCAAAGCCCAGACGGCUGAAACAGAGACUGGAGCCCAGGAGACCGGGCUGGGAGCACAGACGCAGCAGGAGACGGCAGCUUUCGUCUUUACUCCAUCAAAAGAGGAGUUUCGCUUUGAGUUUCUGUGAUGUUUUGACUGACGACUCGUUUCACCAUAAACAAUGCUGGACUCUGAUUGUUGGCUGCGUUGGAGAUAACGCCAGGAAAACAACACUUAGAAUCACACAUUCAAAGUAUUUCUUUGCUGACUGGUUGUACCAUAUAUCCAAAUAAAGAUUUUUUUUGUUAAUUUA